AAUGUGUCAUAAAAUCACUAAAUAACGUAGUUGCAUUGGCCACUAACUACAUAGGCGACAAUUUCGAGUUCUAUUUUUGUCCAAUCAAAAACUGUCUUUAUCUAAUCAAACAUUCAAACCCAAGUAACCUUCAGACACCCCCAACUCCCAAGCCCACCUCCUCUGCAUCUUCUUACAGUGAUGAGGCACCAGAGAUUAGAAUCUCCACUUCUGGGAAGUGACCAAGAUUCAUUCACAAGGAGAUGGUGGGCCAGAGCUCUGGGCUUGCUUGUGGGCCUCAUGAUUGUUGCAUUUGUUGGCCUCACAUUUACUGGUCAUUUAAACUAUGGGGUGGUAAUUAAUUUAAGCAAGAACAAUCAUGAGAAAUUUCCGAAUGCUGAAGUUGUGGAAUCAGACCAAGCAGUUGUUGCAGCAGAUGAUACUAGGUGCUCUGAAAUUGGUGUAUCGAUUCUCAGACAAGGUGGACAUGCUGUUGAUUCUGCUGUAGCGACUGCUCUAUGCCUCGGUGUGGUUAAUUCGAUGGCUAGUGGAAUUGGUGGGGGAGGUUUCAUGGUGGUUAGAUCUUCAGAGACUUCUCAAACCCUAGCAUUUGACAUGAGGGAAACUGCUCCAUUGGCUUCUUCACAGAAUAUGUAUGCGAACAACCCGGAUACUAAGUCGAUUGGAGCACUGUCAUUGGGCGUACCUGGGGAACUAGCCGGCCUUUAUGAAGCUUGGUUAAAAUAUGGACGCUUGCCUUGGAAGCCAUUAUUUCAUCCUGCAAUAAAACUUGCUAGAGAAGGUUUUAUUAUAGCUCCAUAUCUUGCUAAUGCAAUUGACAGUCAUGCUGAUUCAAUCACAAGUGAUCCUGGUUUGCGAAAAGUUUAUGCACCAAAUGGCAAAGUGUUAAAAGCUGGGGAUAGAUGUUAUAACAAGGAACUUGCCACCAGCUUAGAAACAAUAGCAGAACAAGGGCCACAAGCUUUUUAUAGCGGCGUGGUUGGAGAAAAGUUUGUUGAGGAUGUGAAAAAUGCAGGUGGAAUUUUGACGAUGGAAGAUUUGAGGAGUUACAAAGUGGAAGUUACAGAGGCUAUGGCCGUAAACGCCAUGGGCUAUACUAUCUUAGGAAUGCCUCCUCCAUCAAGUGGAACACUUGGCAUUUCUCUGGUGCUGAAUAUAUUAAGUAACUAUGCAAGUUCCAAUGCUGCAAAGGGAGUUCUGGGCUUGCAUCGUCUAAUUGAAGCACUAAAACACAUGUUUGCUGUUCGAAUGAACUUGGGCGAUCCUGACUUUGUGCACAUCAGUAAAACCGUGUCUGACAUGCUUUCCCCAUCAUUUGCCAAAAGCAUUCAACAAAGAAUAUUUGACAACACGACCUUCCCUCCGGAAUAUUAUAUGCACAGGUGGAGUCAGUUGAGAGAUCAUGGUACCAGCCACUUCUGUAUUGUGGAUGCAGAACGAAAUGCUGUAUCAAUGACAACCACCAUAAAUUUCAGUUUUGGAGCUAAGGUGCUCUCACCUGCCACCGGUAUUGUGCUCAACAAUGAAAUGGACGACUUCUCCACACCCACUGAGAUAUCCAACGAUCAUCUUCCUCCAGCUCCUGCUAAUUUCAUCGAGCCAAAUAAGAGACCAUUGUCUUCAAUGACUCCGAUUAUAGUUCUUAAGGAUAAUCAGCUGGCUGGAGUGAUUGGUGGCAGUGGAGGCUUAUACAUAAUUCCAGCUGUACUCCAAGUUUUUCUUAAUCACUUUAUCUUAGGGAUGGAACCAUUGGCAGCUGUUCAGAGUCCGAGAGUCUACCACAAGUUGAUACCAAAUGUGGUUUUGUACGAAGACUGGAAGUGUAUCGAUGGUGAGCAUAUCCAGCUAGCAUAUGAGAAACGGAAGUUCUUGGAAGAGAGAGGUCAUGAAUUGGAGGCUAAAUCAGGGGGAGCCAUUUGCCAGCUUGUUGUUCAAGACUUUCAGAACACGAUUGCCAUGGGCCGAAAAAAUGGGAAAGCAGCAAAAGAUCAAGUACUGCACGGGAUUCUUACUGCAGUUAGUGAUCCCAGAAAAGAUGGGAAGCCUGCAGCUCUCUGAUGAUUUGCAUUAUAACAGUUAGCAAUCUUGUACAUAUCAUUGCUUCAAACAGUGGAUACAGAGGUAGAUUUCCUGUUCCCUGAUAGUAGUCAGAUACAUAAUAAAUCCACGGUAGAAUCUCAUGAGAGAAUGAAUUCAUAACAAAUCUUUAUAGAA